AUGUUUUUUGAUUGUCCAAAUUCGAGAAGGAACUUCCCGGCCAAUACCGAAAGCAAGAUAUGAAUGUUCUAUAAUCCAUGCCAAAAAUAGUAAAAGGAACCAAAUAAGGGAAGGCCAUGGAUAUAUCAUCGGUUGGGGGGAUCAAACAAGAAUUGGCUGAGAAUUUCUUAACAUCCACACGCUUUCAACAAUGGCUUCCUUGAUCAGUGGAGUCGACAUUCUUUCCUAAAACAGUCUCCUCCCAUUUCUUUUUCCUUCCAUUUCUCUCCAUCCUCCCAACAUUUUCUCUCCCUCCUGAAUUUGGGCGGACAGGAAGAAAAAAGACAAAAAUAUUCAAAAACAUCUUCCAUUGUUUUGUUCUCUUUUCUUCUUUCUUCCUCUUCCUCCUCUCCUCUCCUCUCCUCUCCUCUCCUCCAAUGGACUAGAUGCAGCAUCACAGAGUCUACCCUGUAGACUUUGAGGCCUCAGCCACAAACAUGGAUCCUCACCCUCCCAAAUACGUUAUGCUCCCUGAAAAUCAGGGCAGCAUUCGCCCACCCCCGUACCGCCGUAACGUCCCCCGUUACCAGUCAAAAAGUCAUAAGUCCGGUGGGAAUUGCUGCCUCCGAUGCAUAUGCUGCUGCUAUUGCUUCCUCGUCCUCCUCAUCUUCCUCCUAGGCACCCUUGCCUUCUACUUCUACGCGGUGUACCAGCCCCAGGUCCCUUCCUACAAGGUUGAGGAAUUUACCACUGCUCACUUUGAUAUGAAGCCCGACUUCAGCCUCUACACCGAGUUUGCUGUCACCGUCAAGGCUGAUAACCCUAACUCUAAAAUUGGGUUCACUUACGGGAAAGACAGCUCGGUCGAGGUGGUCUAUCAAGACUCAACCCUGUGCUCAGGUCAGAUCCCCGCUUUCCAUCAGGGCUACAAGAAUGUCACCAUGAUCAAGGUCAUCCUCAAGGGAAAGAGUGACUUCGGGUCAGGCCUCCAGGAAGCCCUCAUGGACAACAGGAAAUCGGGGAAGAUCCCAAUGGAAGUCAAGGUUACGGUUCCGGUGAGCGUCGUGAUCGGGGAGUUCCCACUGAGGCAGUUCAAGGUCCAGGUCACGUGUAAAUUGGUGGUUGAUAAUUUGACCCCCAAUAAGAAGGCUGGGAUCCUGUCGAACGAAUGCUUCCCCAAAGUUGAAUUCUGAAGUCCAUUCAAUUUGUGAAGAAAGCAUGUAUAUUAUGCUCCUCAGGUAAUACGUGAUUUGUCUAAGAAACGGGUGGCAGGAAAAGGAAGGUUUCGAAUCGGAAGAGAAUUAAGGCACUUUUGCAUCUUCCUGAUGAAAUAUGAUAUCAGAGAUUUCCUCAUAAACUCUUUUAUAAUACUAUCGGUUUGCUUAUAAAGGAAGCAUGCAUAUGUUAAAGAGGUAUGCUUGGCAGUAGGGUGAAUGAAGUUUCUUAGGAUUUGGCAACAGCACAUAUGCCACCGCUUCCUGUCUUUCAUAUCAAGAUACGUGAAAGACGAAUGAAGAUGUCUUGGCAUUUUUUGGGAGCUUUUAUUAAAAUUCGGCUAGUCAUCGGAGUUUCAGCUGUAUAAUGUACAUUCUCAAUUCUUGAAUUUCCAAUGAGAUAACUAUUUACUAGCACGAAAAAGGUCAGAGAAUUGCAUGAACAAAAGAAAUACCUUGGGUUGGAGUGAACAUCUUUGCCCUGUGGCAGGUUAUUCUACA